AUGCGGCCUGCGCCGGCGCUCCUCCUGCUCCUGGGCCUGGGCCUGGGCCUGCGCUGCGGCUGCCUCCCUCCGCCCCCCGCCCCCCGCGGCGCCCCCACCCCGGCUCUGGCUCCCGGAGCGCCCGCCGCUGCCCCUGGCGACGCGUCCCCGGCCCGGCCCCGCCCCCCGGCUCCCGGAGAGGCGGCCCCGCUGCGCUCCGCGCCCCGCAACCUGGGCCUCCGUCUGCUCCGCGGCCUCAGCCUGCGGCCACGCGUGGCCCCCGGCGGCGGCGGCGACGGCGGCGGCGGCGGCGGCGACGGCGGCGGCGGCGGCGGCGACGGCGGCGGCGGCCUGAGUGGUAGUGACCGCGGCCUCUGCUUCGGCCGCGGCCCCGCGCGGCGGUGGCCCUGGCGCUGCCUCCACGUGCGCGUCCGGCUCGGCGCACUUCGUGCCCGCCGCGCGGCGCCCACCCCCAUGGACCCGCAAUCCCCGCUGUGGCUCCGGCCUCUGGAACGGACCCUUCACCCCGGGCUGCUCGGCCCCACGGAUGCCUCCGCAGCCUCCAAGGUGUCCCCCCGCUCCAGUGGCCUUCACCCCUUCGUGGGCUUCGUGGCCCAAACCAAGUGUCCUAGAGAUGUCAACUCCAGCAGCUCGCAAGCAGGCGAGUCCUCAGAGCCCCGUCAGGCCUCCAGGCAGGUUGACUGCUCUAUCAGCAGGGUGCACAUCAACAGGACGCCGGGCCACCCCAUGGUGGUGUACACCCGGCGGAUGAGCAUCGACCUAAACGCCACCGCUGACUACCACUGCCCCAACGCUCAGGGCACUUAUUUUAUCUGGAAGGUCUACCCCGUGGCCUCUCUCUUCCACCAGCCGGACUGGAAGAAACCUUUGGUGGUGCCGGACCUCCAGUUAGGACAGGAUCCAACAUUCGUGCACAUCCCCCCAAAGUCGUUAGCUUUGGGGUUGUACGUGUUAAAUUUCUCACUGACCCUGGUCACUUACUCGCCAGUAUUCGCUAUCGUGAAAGACUCGGACAGCGUCCACGUCUCUGUCCUCGGUGACUUCCUGAAGGCGGUUCUUCUCGGGGACACCAACGAGACAGUGAAGUUCUCAGACCCGCUGGUUCUGAACGGAUCCACAUCCGCGGACCCAGAUUCGGACGACCCGCUGGAGGGACUCGUGUUCUCCUGGUACUGCACCACCAACACAAACAACUACAAUGGGGACCACAUAAACGUGAUCAGCAAGGACGUGUGUCUCCCGCAGCAGGUGGACCUCAAGCUGACCUGGGCCUCUGACCCUGUCCUGACAAUUUCCCCAGAGACACUCAGGGGAGGCAAAGUGUAUUUUUUCCGAAUGGUGGUAACGAAGGCUCCCAGGACUGCCUACACGGAAAAAACCGUCCACGUGCUCCCAGCGCCAGCACCCGCAGCAAGCAUUUCGUGUGUGGAAAACUGUGGCAGGAAUUUGGCUGUGUCGGAUCGGUUCUCUUUGUCUCUAAACUGUCCCAAUUGUGUCGGCAGCCGGGACGCCUACAGGUGGUCCCUCCAGCGGGCUUCGGGGGAAGAGAUCCCAUUUGAUUGGCCGGGGCAGACUUCGACGGGGAGGGACAGCGAUUCUUUGUCUAUAAAAGCUUUUGCUUUUAGUAAUUUUUCUGAAUCUCAGUUUUGGCUUGUUUUAAAUCUAGAAACUUGGGGUGGAGUGAACCUGACCCUCAGGCAUCCCUUUAUUGUGAACUAUGCCCCUCAAAUCGGAGAUUGCCAAAUUAAUCCAACGAGCGGGGUUUCGUUUUCCACUAAGUUUGUCGUCCAGUGUAAAAAUUUUCAGGAUCAGAACACCCCUCUGACAUAUAAGAUGAUAGUGUCCGAUUUGUACGAUGGUUUUGGCAAAAUCAGUUCUUUAACAGACAACACCUUGGGGACCAUCCUGUAUGUGGGCAACGACUUCCAGAGCCCCCCUUCCUUUCUCCCCGUCGGGCUGGAGAGCAGUCAGUUCGCCACGAAGCUCUUUGUCCAGGUGUAUGACACGCUGGGAGCCUUUUCUCAGGUGACUCUGUUCGCCACUGUACAGGCUCCUACCGUCCAGGCCUCCCCCCGGGCCAUACUGAACCAGCUAGUCAAUGUCAGCAGGGGACAAAAUUCAGAGAUCUCUACUUUGCUCCGAAAGCAGGAGUUUCUGCCCGCAGGUUACUUAAUGUACGUGGUGGCCUCCGUUCUGAGCAGCAUGAAACCCGACCCAGCGCUGCACGAGGACAAGGCCAUGCUCUGGGAACACCUGGUCAACCAGUCCUUCCUCCUCGCCAUGGACACUCUGAAUGGCAUCAACCAGGUGGUCACGGCUCUCGCCAAAGUAACCCAGAGGACGUCUGAAUUCCCUCAAGUUGCUCGGAAACCUGCCACGGACAGGAUUUGGCAGGCAAACCAAGCCUUCCGGCAGCAUCAGCAGAGAGGUCAGGACUUGUACUCGGAACAAAUAGAAACCAUGAGCACCGGGAUACUAACGGUCGUGUCCAAUGUCCUUAAAAUGGCCGAUCGUUACGUGAUUUUUGUCGACCCUUUCCGUGUCAUACAGUCUCUGGCAGAGACGGUCCUGGCCGGCAAAGUGCCGGACGACGGAACCACCGUGAUGAGCAGCCCCAGCUUCAUCGCGUACGUCGGGAAAGUGGAAAAGUGGGCUGUUUCCAACAAAGUCCUAGGCAGCGAGAGAGACUGUCGAAAUUGUUUCCAGCCGACACUCAACGUGAGCAGCAAUCCCCUUGUGCCGGCAAACGCUCCGGUCUCCAUGGUGUUCUGCGAGUUUGCAGAUGACCCCUUCCCGUGGCUGAAUUACCAGGAGAGCCUUCCGCUAGACGUGGUUGGAUUCCGAUUGACGGGAACCAUGGCCAACGGGGACGAAACGGAGGUCACCCCCGACGUGGUGGACGUGUACGUCAGCAGGCGGAACUUGAGCUCCGCGGCCUUCAACCUCACGGUGGGCCCCGACCAGGAGCCCGAGAACCCGAACGAGUCCGCCAGGCAGACGACAGGGGCGUUCCGCUUCCAAGUGGACAGCCGCGAGGUGCGGGAGCUGCUGGUUCACAUCGUGACGGAGGUGACCGUGCAGUUCACCGUGCUGGUGUACGCCGGCUGGGAGAUCACCCCCUCCGCCUUGGUCGCCACCUUCCUGGUGCCCCACGAUAUCCCUCCCAUCGCCAACCACAGCGACCUGUUGGACCUGGCCUGUGCCGUGAGCGUGGCCCGCCUCGUUUGCCUCCCGCCGUCCCUGCUGCAGGUCAUAGCUCAGCGGGGCCAGUCGCCGGAGUGCGUCAUCAUCGUGGCUUUGAAGGCGCCUCAUUUUGUCUUGCAGCCCAGUAACAAGCUGGUGAGGGUUUCUCUCUUCGGGGUCCACUGCCUGGACAUGAACGGGAUCCAGAGCGACUGGAGAGAAGACAUCUGUGUCCUUGGGGAGAAGACCACCUGGGACCGGGUGCACUGUGUCUGCGGGAAGGCCAGGCGGGCCCGGCGGCAGCUGGCCACCAUCCCCCUGCACUUCCGCCACCUGACAGCCAAGAUGGUCGUGCCGCCGAACCCUGUGGACCUCCGGUUAGAGGUCAUCAAGGAAGUCACCCACAACCCCGUGACCCUCUUGGUCGUCCUUUUCAUUCUGUUCAUGUACUCCAUCCUGGCGUUCUGGGCCUUGCACAGAGACGAAACGGACCAGUUUCUUCGGGACUAUGCCAUCGUCCUCCCGGACAACGACCCUUACGACAACACAUGCUACCUCGUCACUGUCUUCACAGGAAGUCGCUGUGGGUCCGGGACCAGGGCCAAUGUCUUUGUCCAACUUACCGGGACCCGGAACACCAGCGAUGUGCAUUGUUUAAGUCACCCCCAGUUUAAAACUCUCUACCGGGGCAGCGUCAACACUUUCCUCCUGACGACCAGCAGGAACUUGGGGGACAUCCAGUCCAUCCGCGUGUGGCACAACAACGAGGGCCGCGCCCCCAGCUGGUAUUUAAGUCGCAUCAAAGUGGAGAACCUGUUCAGCAGGCACAUCUGGCUGUUCAUGUGUCGCGAGUGGCUUUCUAUCGAGACCUCUUUGGACAGGACGUUUCCCGUCACCGACCCCAACGCGCCGCUGCGGAGAAUGGACUUCUUGCUCAUCGAUGGGACGUACAAGCUGGGGAAGAAUCACAUAUGGUUCUCCGUGUUUGCCGGCGUCAUUGCCCGCGGCUUCAACCGGCUGCAGCGGCUGUCCUGCUGCCUGACCAUGCUGCUGUCCACCCUCCUGUGCAACAUCAUGUUCUUCAACCUGGACGCGGAGGACAAGUCCAAGUCCCGGGAGAGCCAAUACGUCAGGUCGAUGGUCAUCGGCUUGCAGAGCGUCAUGAUCACCCUCCCGGUGCAGUUUAUCAUCUGGGGGCUGUUCUUCUACUCCCAGAGGAGACCGCAGGCCACCCUGGACGAGGUGGCACCUCAGGAGCACCCCGAGGCGGAAAAGGCGGCCGGCCACUGGGAGGAGCGGCUGGAGAAGUGGUACGCCCAGGAGACGGCCGCGGAGGCGCGCUCCCAGGAGGCCCCCGGCCAAAAAGCCCAGCCGUCCCAGAGGCUUAAGGGGCGCCAGGAGUCUCUUCCCCUGGCGGCCCCCAAACCAGAGCUCCCGCCUAAGAAAAAAGAAAGCAAGGGCGCACCCAAACCCACCCUGCACACGGACACCAACGCCAACACCGGAAAUGUGGGCGGCAGUCCCGAGGCACCCUCCGGGCCGCCGCCAGCGCCGCCGCCCCCGCCGCCGCUGUCGCUGUCGCCACGGAAAUCCAGGACCAUGCUGCCUCCGUGUUGCAAGUGGAUCGCGUGGUUCUUGGUGUUCGCCACUUCCGGGGUGUCCUCGUUCUUCAUUGUGUUUUACGGCCUCACCUACGGCUAUCACAAGUCGAUUGAGUGGGUCUUCGCCUCGUUCUGUUCCUUCUGCCAGUCCGUUUUCCUGGUGCAGCCGCUGAAAAUCAUCCUCCUGACAAGCAUUCGAACCAACAGGCUCAAGUACUGCAAAAACCUCCCCUGGAUCAGCAGCUACCGCUACACCGAGGUCCAGCUGCAGGACCUCUGGCUGCACCCCGAGGAGAUGCGCCAGCGGCACCUGUACGUCGCCUACCUCCGGGCCAGCAGGAUGUACCAGCCUCUCACGCCAGACGAAGUGGACAUUUUCCGAAGGAAGAGGGCGAUCAAGAGGAGAGCCCUGCUCUUCCUGGGCCGCUUCCUCGCUCACUGCCUCUUGCUGGCCCUCCUGCUGGGCCUCGCCACCUUCCUCCGCCAAACGGACAGGUUCCGCUACAACCAGUUCAUCCGCGGCCGCUUCUCUGCGGAGCUCGCUGCCGUCACCAAGCUGGACGACAUCUACCCCUGGCUCGACAGCGUGCUGCUGCCCCUGCUCCACAACGACCCCCGCCCAACCUUCCUUCCCGACAGCUCCUCCAAGAUCCUCGGCCUCCCGCUGAUGAGGCAGGUGAGGGCAGCGCCUGGCCCCAGGGCCUGUCGGCCUGCCCGGCACUUUCCGCCCAGCAGCAUCGAAGGAGAGAUUCGCUGCCAUCCCAAACACGGGGCCGACCCGGAGGACACCGCCGACCACCCCGGCUUCUGGAAGAAAGUGGACAAGCGGCAGGCAGACAAGAACGCCAAUGGCUUCACCUAUAAGCCUCCGGAGAAGCGGUGGGUGUACCACUCUUACGGGCUUCUGCACACCUACGGCUCGGGGGGGUAUGUUUUCUAUUUCUUCCCAGACCAGCAGCGCUUCAACUCCACGCUGAGGCUCAGGGACCUCCAGAGCAGCCGCUGGCUGGACGAGAAGACGUGGGCGGUGAUCCUGGAGCUGACCACCCUGAACCCGGAUGCGGGGCUGCUCGGCAGCGCGGCCGUCCUGUUUGAGGUCUCCCAGCUGGGCGUGGUGAACGCGAGCACAUCCGUGCACUCCUUCGCCCUGGCUGAUCUCAACAUAGGCAGGUCGGCGGAGGCCUACCUGUACGUGGCCGUUCUCGUGGUUUUCAUUGUCUACGUCGUAUACGAGGGCUACGUCCUCAGGAAGAAGGGACUCUUCUACAUGGCCAGUGCGAGCCACUGGUCCAACUUGGCGCACGUGAGCAUCUUUGCCGUGUGGAUCGUGCUGUUCCUGAGGAAGUACUUCCUGGCCACUGCCGUCAUCCAGUUCUACACAUCGAACCCCAUGGACUUCAUUCCCUUUCGCGCCGUGGCGCAAACGGACCGCUACACGGAGAUGGCGUUGGGCCUCCUGCUGUUCCUGACCAUCAUGAAGACCCUCCGCUACCUCAGGUUCUUCUACCACGUGCGCCUGGCCCAAGGGGUCAUCCAGACGGCCCUGCUCGGCAUGUGCCACGCGGCGCUCCUGGUGUGCGUGUACGUCCUUCUGUUCGUGGCUCUUGGCCACCUGGUGUUCGGCCAGCACGAAUGGGGCUACAGCAGCGUGGUCCACGCCACGCAGACCGUCUUCUCCUACUGCACCGCAGCUUUGCGGGACGAGGAAUUUUCCAGCAACAGGGCCCUCGGCAUCCUGUUCCUCGCAGCGUUUGUGCUGCUGCUGAUCUGUGUGCUGAUCAACCUGCUCUCGGCUGUGAUCCUGUCUGCCCACAGGGCCCUGCGGCAGCCCGUGUACGAGGAGCCUUCGCAGGAAGCGGAAGCCAUCGUCUACCUGUACGACAAGCUCCGGACGGGCUUCGGCUUCCUGUCCACCCAGCCCCAGGACCCAGGCGAGCGGCAGCCCUUGGUGGACAUGCUGUACGGGAAGCCGGAGAAGCACAGCCGGCACUACCGGGGGCUGAAGACCAGGAACAUCAACGAGAGGAAGGUGGUGUACCUGGUGGUGUGA